AUGUCGAUUAUCGAUUGUGUUGUACAGUACGUUUUGUGCAUACAUACUUAAGUUACCACUCUUAACUUCUCUUUUUUCUUGACGCGAGUGGCCGAACCUGCUUCUUAUUGAAGUACAACAAUGACGAAUUCAAAGGGUUAUCGUCGUGGAACCAGAGACUUGUUCUCUCGAAAGUUCCGUAAACAUGGAACAAUACCGCUCUCCACAUAUAUGAAAGUAUAUAAAGUUGGAGAUAUCGUUGACAUUAAAGGCAAUGGAGCAGUCCAAAAAGGAAUGCCUUAUAAAGUUUAUCAUGGAAAAACUGGACGUGUAUUUAAUGUAACCCCUCAUGCUCUUGGUGUUAUUGUGAAUAAAAGAGUACGUGGACGUAUUAUUGCCAAGAGAAUCAAUGUCCGCAUUGAACAUUUAACUCAUUCAAAAUGUAGAGAAGAUUUUCUGAAACGUGUAAAGGAAAAUGAAAGACUCAGGAAAGAAGCAAAGAAGAACAACCUGAAAGUUCAAUUGAAAAGACAGCCUGCUGAACCAACGAAAGCACAUAUUGUGUCAGGACGCGAAGAACCUGUUCUACUUGCUCCUAUUCCAUAUGAAUUCAUUGCUUAAAAUCUAAAUAAACAUGUUUUGACAAAA